AUGUUCGCCAAAUCUCUAUCCUCCUCGCCGCUGGUGGCCCAGUGCCGUGACUCAUCUGCUCCGAAAACCGCCUUUGACUAUUCGCCACGCGAGGCAUUUUUCGACUUCCGAUUCCCUCUACAUUCGUUUGAACGGACCAGAGCAUCAAUCGAUUCCUCAGCCUACGGCGCUGCUCCUCACAUCGGCUUGCAUGAGAAUAGGGACACCCUCUACCAAUUCUGGCGCUACUGCGACAACUCCCCAGGGCUUGAAGCCAUCGAACAGAGGACCCUCGGUGUUUGUCUAUUGGCGAUCUUGUGA